AUGCAUAUCAAAGACCGGACAUUCGUCAUCAGUGGCGGCGCAUCGGGACUGGGUCUAGCUACUGUCAAGGACCUACAUUCUCGUGGCGGCUACGUCGCCAUACUUGACCUCAACGCCGAGAAUGGACAGAAAGUAGUAGCCGAGCUCGGCACGCAUGCCAAAUUCUUCGAAGUCGAUGUCAGCGAACCUUCCUCAGUAGCUGCCGCCGUCUCAGCGCUUGUACCCUGGCUCAAGGAGACCGGUAAACCUAUCGGUGCUGUCAUUCCCGCAGCGGGAGUCGGCAUGCCAGGCAAACUGAUCGAUCGACACAACGAGCCCAUACCUCUCGAAAGCCUAGAAUUCGUGCUCAACAUCAAUCUUCGUGGAGUACUGGAUCUCAUUCGACUUUGCCUCCCUCACAUGACGAAAACAACACCCACCGAGCCAGACGGCGAACGCGGCGUCAUCGUCAUGGUAUCCUCCUCCGCCGCCUACGACGGCCAACCAGGCCAAGUCGCCUACGCCGCCAGCAAAGGCGCCGUGAGAUCCAUGACCCUAGUCCUAGCGCGCGAUCUGGCACAAUACGGAAUCCGAGCUGUAUCGAUCGCGCCUUCGUACUUUGAGAGCAAUAUGACGGCGCAGAUGAGCGAGAAGGUGCGCAAGAGUUUGGAGAAAGUGUUUGAGUUCCCUAGACGGGCGGGGAGGGGGGAGGAUUUCGCGGGGAUGGUGAGGCAUUGUAUUGAGAAUUCGAUGCUGAAUGGGGAGUGUAUUCGUCUUGAUGGUGCUACGAGGAUGCCGUCGAGACUUUAG